AUGAUUGAUGGUGUAAAUGAAACUUUAUUCAAUAAAUACGGUCUUAGUGCUGAUGCAGAUUUUAAAAAUUUUAUUGAUAAAUUACCUUUUUACAAUUAUCAUGCAAUAAAGGUCUAUCGUUUGCUUAAACACAAAUUGUUCAAUGAUCCUUACUAUGAGAUAGGAGAUGAUGAUCUAGAAACAAUGAUAACUGAUGAUGAUAUCGCAAAAUUUAAAAUUUAUGCAGCUCAAAAUUCAGUAGAUGUUUAUGUUUUGUUUUCGGGUUUCAUUAGACUAAAACUAAUGGAAGCAGUUUGUCAAAUGGGUGCAGUUCACAUUUUUUAUUUCAUACUUCAAAAUUUCAGUUUAACUCCGAGUUCAUCAUGGUUGGCAAGUGCAAUAAUUGGAAGAAAUACUGAUAUUAUUAAUGAAUGUCUAAAAAUGGUUCCAAUUGAUCAUAAUUGUAUUAAAGCUUGUAUUGAGUCACAUAAUCAUGAUUUUUUAGAAUAUAUUUUGGAGAACAAAGACAUCAACUUAAAUCCAUUAGAUUAUUACCAAUAUAUUGUUCAGAAUUAUAAUUUUAAAGCUGCGAUGAUAUUAUAUGAAAAAGGUUAUGUUAUUACACCAUGGUGUGCGUCAUUUCCAAUGACAGGUUUAAUAUUUAUCAACAUUACUCAAUUAUCUGUUCCCGAACAGAGGAUACUUUUAGAAUGUAUAUGGUAUUCACACAAUCUAGUAUGGAUUAAAGUGAUACUUCAAAGGUAUAGAAAUUGGAUGAGAAAAGAUUUGAUUACUUUAUUAAAUAAAUCAAUUGUAUAUCAAUGGAAAGAUUUAUUUGAUUAUUUAAUUCAACAAUGUAAAGGACAUCUUGAUCACAAGGAUAGAAAUGGAUAUCUACCAUUAAAUUUAGCAAUUAAACUUGAAAAUGAAGAUUAUGCAAUAGCACUUAUUGAAUAUGGUGCUAAUAUUUUCAAAGCUGAUAAAAAAGGACGCACUGCAGUCGAUUUGUUAAAGCGUGAUCCUGGAAAAUAUGAUAAAUUACUACAUUACUUAGUCUAUGACAAGAAAUUACUUGCAGGUCGGAUAUAUUUUAAAAGAAAAGGAAAAUAA